AUGGCUGCCUCUCUACCUCACCCAAAGAUUGUCAAGAAGCACACCAAGCAGUUCAAGCGUCACCACUCUGACCGUUACCACAGAGUCGGCGAGAGCUGGAGAAAACAGAAGGGUAUUGACUCUGUUGUCAGAAGAAGAUUCAGAGGCAACAUCUCUGAGCCAACCAUCGGUUACGGUUCCAACAAGAAGACCAAGUUCUUGUCCCCAUCCGGCCACAAGGUCUUCUUGGUUGCCAACACCAACGACCUAGAGACCUUGAUGAUGCACACCAAGUCCUACGCCGCCGAGAUCGCCCACAACGUCUCUGCCAAGAACAGAGUCGUCAUCUUGGCCAGAGCUAAGGCUCUAGGUGUCAAGGUCACCAACCCAAAGGGUCGUUUGGCUUUGGAAGCUUAA